AUGGCAACGUACCGUAGAGGAAAGCAGCUCUUUGAAGCGACGAUGAAGACAUCUGACGUCGUGUGGCUUGACGAGGUGGACAGAUGGCCCUUCCCGAGAGACAGUGGCUGGGAUGGCACCACUUGCAGCGACGGCCGUUCCAGCCUCGACGCGCCGCCAUUGGCCGAGGCGCGCGAGGGGGCGGGGCAUAUCGAUCGGGCGCUGGCGCUGAGUGGUCAGCGGAGCAGCGAUGGCCUUAGUCAGAAAGUCGGCACAGCUGGAAGGGACCUCGUUCGCUGCUCCUGUCCCUCGCGCUCGACCAAGGCGAAUCGGGGCGCCUCCGUGCUCUCCCUCCAGGGCGCUGCAGCCACCAUGAAGCCCGACGGCAAAGCGCCCCCGGGACCCCUCAGGGACCGCGACAUCCUUCGCUCCCGCAACGCCAGGCCACUCAAGGCUUCGCAGGGCCCGUCGUCCCCGUCGGCGGCGGCGGUGGAGGCCGCUCUGUCCUCCUGUCUGGACGCACCCGAGGCCUCGACGUCCGAGGCGGGCGCCAGCACCUCCUCGGCCUCCGGCGAGGAGGAGCGCGGCACCGAGAUGCGGAUGUACCUCGACAAGCUGCGCGAACUCGUGCCUUACGUGCCCCGCACCGGCCGCGUCUCCCGCGUGCAGCUCAUCCACUCCGCCAUCGACUACAUCACGGACCUGCAGGAGUCCCUGGAGGCCAGGGCGCGGCGGAAACUGCGCGACAAGCAGGACCAGAGUUCGAGGCCGCCCCUGGCAGCCCUCCCGCAGGCGCAGCUGGGCGGGGGCAGCAACACCCCGGUCUCGCCUCUGAUGGAGAACAGCGCCAACCGGCCGCCCACCCUGCUGGAGACCAACACCAGACACCCAGCGGCGCUGGCGGCCCUGGCGGCGGCGGAGGAGGCCAACGGCAGCGACAGCUUCGGCAGCAGUAGCAACAGCAGCAGCCUCAGCAGAACCCCAGUGACGCCCUCCGCCCCGGGACCCCCCUCUCCGCCCGACCCCGUGUGAGGGCCACGUGGCACCAGGCCCUGCGAGGCUCGGCACAGAAGCACCUCAAGGUCAGCCUCGAGUGUACCUCCCGAGGCUCACCUGGCGUCUCGGUCGCGCCACGUCGCCCUCCGGGGUAACAACGCCGCCGUCUGUCCCUGGACGCGAAAGAACCAGCAGUGUGUGUGCAUCUGCCGCCGAGUUCCCGUCGAGCCGACUGCAAGAUGCACAUUGUAAAUAAUGUACAGGUUAUGUACGCACCAGAUGUUUAUUUUUGUGUCUGUUUGUUUCCACUCGCUCGUGGUUUUGCGCCGCGUGACAAAACAUACAGCUACCUUACCAAAGAAUAACAGCUGCUUGUGCCAUGGGCGGAGGAAGUACCCGUGGCUGCCGUUGUUCAUGUGUGUGUUCCCGGUAAAAAGAGGUAAAAAAAAGAAAGAAAAUUGACUUUGUGAAAAAAAAUAAAAGUGAAAACGUAAUUUAUUAAAAUUAUAAGAAAAAAAAAAUAAAAAUAAUUAGUUAUACAUUAUAUACGUGUAACUGGACAAUUAUGUAUGUAAAUGUUUGUCAUGAAAAAGAGACGAAAAUAUGACCGAUAUGUUUAUGAAAAUUAGAACUAAAGCAAUUAAAACCUAAACCAAUAUAUGUCUGGUAAAGAAAAUUAAAUGCGAACAAAAAAAAAAAAA